AUGGCGGAAGGUGGGAGAUACUGCUGCUGGUCCGGUGUUCGCUGCCGUUUCCUCAUCCUGCUCGUCACAGUGGCGGCCAUCUUGUUCUUCACCAACCACCGGUCAGCAGAGUGUGUCCCAAGAUGGUGGGCGGAAUACCAUGGUCGUUCAGUCAACACCAGUAGGGAAGUAGUUUCCCUCAACUCCACUGACUUUACCAUAGACGCUCAUGAAACUGCAUCUGCCAAUUCAACAGAUCGUCAGACUUCACUUAUCCACUCUACUCAGCAGGCCAUCAAACUCAACACAACACAUAAUGAAACUAGUUCCAUCACGUCUGCACUGACCAUCACUGAUCUGAUCACAGAGGUCAAGGCAGUUCGGUCCACUCCUCCUCCGUAUGUGUCCCCAGGACCGUACCAUGUAGAAUACCCAUCAGAGUACAUCUUCAUCCUGGAUGAGCCAGAGAAAUGCCGGGAGCAGAACCCCUUCCUGGUUCUGAUGGUGCCAGUGGCGCCCUAUAACAGGGACGCUCGUGAGGCCGUCCGCAGUACUUGGGGCAGUGAGAGGCAGGUACUGGGCAAAGAGGUCCGUCUGUUCUUCCUGCUGGGACUGUCCAGUGGAGAGGAGACAGAGCAGCUCCAGGAGAAGGUGCUGCAGGAGAGCAAAGAGCACCAGGAUCUGCUGCAGAGCGACUUCAUAGACAGCUACAAAAACCUGACCAUCAAGACCAUGGUGAUGAUGGAGUGGCUGAGCUCUCGCUGCCCCAAAGCCUCCUACGCCAUGAAGAUCGACUCAGACAUGUUCCUCAACGUGAACACCUUGGUCAACGUGCUGCUUCACGCUCCAAAGCAGAACUACAUGACUGGACUAGUGGCCCGACGGGGCGCCGUUCUAAGAGACCGUAACUCCAAAUGGUAUCUUCCAAUGGAGGUGUUUCCUGAACCGGUAUAUCCACCUUACGCUCUCGGCCUGGGCUAUGUCUUCACCUUAGACCUCCCCAGGAAGCUGGUGGAGGCGUCCAGGCAUGUUAGAGCCGUCUACAUAGAGGAUGUGUAUCUGGGACUGUGUAUGAGACACCUGGGUAUCCGGCCUACUAACCCCCCCAAUGGAAACCUCUUCCAGGUUUCCCCUGUGGCUUAUGACCGCUGCACCUACUCACGGCUGAUAGCCACCACCACAUACAGUAUCACUCACCAGGUCAACGCAUGGACAGACCUACACAAACCUGGUCCUCCCUGCUGA